CGACAUUCCGAUCGUGCGCUACUUAACGAUCGAAAAAUAAAAAAGGAAUCCAGAACUCGUUCAGCAUUGAGCUUGAGGUUUUGGCUGAACCAGUUAAACAUCCUUUAUCGUUCUAACUAGCCAUUUAUAACUAGCUGUGAUUUAAAUGAGACGGAUUCGAGUGUCAGCCCAGUUUAGACUCCGUUCUGCGAUAUAAUCGUGGAUAAAGCUCUUUACUACUCCUAUCGAUAUGCUUGCCUUGCAAGAUACGCGCCAUUUACUCAGCAGCAGACAGAGGCCAGAUGGAUGAACACCAUACCGAUUCUCUGCAAUAUGGGCAGCUAGGGACUGCGGAGUACGUCCCAGAGUCGCGGUCCUGGAGGUUUCCCCGCGUAAUAGGAAGAGCGCCUUGCAUUUCUUAUACUGGCGUAGCUAGGGAAACAUUACCUCCGUCCAUCGAUGCCAUACCCGUCAACUCUUUCGAUGGAAAUCAGGUGGCCUCUCUGUCAGAAGUGCAUCCGCAUCUUGCUGCCAUAUCUUCUCUUGGCCGAGCAGAAACGUUAUCUCGCACUGUUAUAACCGCUACAGAUGCAUGUGACCCUGGCGUCUCCAAUGUUUUCGCCUUAGGAAAUGCAGUCGACGUGGAAAAUGAUCCUUCUGGAACUCGAGCAGUACCGAUUGCCGUAGCUGUAACGGGCCGAUGCGGAGAUUCGAUAUCGCUUUUCAGAAUUGAAGACGAAGUGGCUGAAUGGCGACAGGAGAGACUCUACAAAGCGCGAGUUCCAUCAGUUGGAACUGCAGAAUCAACUACCUGGGUAGGCUCUGGAACUCCCGUCCGUCAAAUAUGCUUCGCACAAACGACAGAAGCCAAGGCGACCUGGAUGGCUGCUCGUCUUUCAGUGUCAACAACGAUCUUCAGGCCUCUGUACCAUCGCGUUCCUGUCGCUGUCGCCAGAGAGUCGUAUUUUGAUCCCGAGACUCUGCCGUCUGUUCGGAAUUCACGUCUUAAUGCAAAUCCUCUGGUUGAUAUUCCUUGUUACCGAACGGGGGGGUAUCCUCAUGCUGAUGUGACGUUCAAUCCUUGGUAUCAGAAGCAACUAGCUAUCGUGGAUGUACGCGGAAACUGGAGUAUAUGGAACAUUUCCGGAAGAAACAGACGCAGUAAGGGCAACUGGCUUGCAGACUGUGUCAAGUCAGGUACCCUACCCUCUGUGGACCGCGCAUUGAACGGUUUCGGUGAGGGGCAACCACGUUAUGAUGGAUGGGCUUCUGUGCAAUGGGCCGCAGAUGUCAAUCAUCUGAUCGUGUGCGAUCGUCGUUGUAUCUUUCUCUACCAACUUGCGCAUAUCUCGGGUGCUGCACGUCCGAUCGAUUUAGGGCUGAAACGAGAAACUGAAUGGAUCCUCGACUUGAAACGCAGUCCAUCGAAGCCGUCUCUAAUCUUCAUUCUAACAACGUCCCGGAUCUUCUGCCUCGAUAUUAUCUCUAGUGGCGCCCUAUUCGAUGGAGAAGAAGGGACUCCGCUCUCUCCCCAGCUGUCAUGGCGUCAUUUUCGAGACACGGAGGAUAUCACUCUACGACUCGCUCCUACUCAGAUCGGAAAUGAUUUGUAUGUCAUGCUCUAUUCUCGUUUAAACAAUCUAGUACAAGCAUUUCACCUUUCUUUGUCGACCGAGGAAGGAGGCCAGCUCUCUUUCAUGUCCGACCCUUUUAUAAUGCGAAUGCCCGCUCAGGAUGUUUCAAGUGAACCUGGAAAUCGUGAUUCUUGUGCAAGGAUUGCAACUAUGAUCUUCAGAGAAGUGGAGCAUGGACCGCCUCCCGGGCAGAAGGAUUUCUAUGAGCCAAAUCUCAGGCUAGGGAAGCUCUUCAUGCUAGAUUCUCGUUCUGCUCUCCAUGAGUCGCUCUACAUGGGUUCUAUGGAUAAUGAAAACAUCGGUUACACGGACUACACGCAAGAGAUAUCUCCUGGGGGCGACAUCUUGUUAAGAAAGCGAGCUAUAGGAACACGUCCUAGUCGCGCAAGUGCUCAUGCGGACGCUGAUUUUGUCGUCGAUGAUAUGGAUGAGUCUGUAUUGCGCAUGUCAAUACAACCUCUUGGUUUGCACUCGUCUUCUGCUAUGGGUUCUACAGCUCCUCAAUGGACCGUGGAUUACUCUGCUGUCUACGCUGCUGUAUUCGGAAAGCAAGCAUAUGUGGGGAGAUCCAAUGUUGACCCGCUCUCGGAAAGAGCAUUUGGAGAAUGCCUGGCGGAUUUGCGUCAUCGAAUCUCUAGCUCUCCAUUCAGUGAAUCACCCACGGCGGAGACAUUACUCGAAGUUGCCCGUUGUCUACCGUUUCUGGAUGACAUUGACGAGAACGCUAAAGAUUUCCAGCGCCUCAAGAUGGCAAUCCUCGAAGAAACGGAUGGUCCUAACAGGCCGCGCUUUCUUCCGACCAGCCUCUCGUCUCUAUUGAUCGGGGACAAAGAAGGCGAGAAAGAAGCAUCUAUGGCACUGGAUGUGGUUGAAAUAUACAACGUUCUGGUCCGCAAAUGGCUCUCCAUGCUGCCACUCCGCAUACCUGGGCGGACCAGAGUUGCAAAGGACAGAAUAAUCAGAGGAGUGGCAGGAGAACUUUCCUUGGCAGGAGUCAAUCUGCUUAGGAACGUCGAAACUCCUGCAGUCGACAAUGACGCGAUGACCAUGAGCAGUCCAGAAAAGAAUGAAUUCCCUGUCCGGACCGACUUCUCCGCGGAGUCCCAGGGUCCAGCGACCAUACGAUCCUCACCUCCGCCUCUCCCUUCUACUUACGGAACGUAUGGGUCGGAGAGAACUAUGCGCGAUGCAGCUCACCCAGCACGGAAGUCCGACCAAACGCCAUUGUUUGCCAGGUUGUCGUCUUUAACUAGCCUUGAAGAGUCUAGAACUCCACCAAAAAACGUCGCUGAGAUGCUCUCACACUGGUCUGUAGGAUCAGACCCAGCCACUUAUGACUGGCAGCGAACAGUUCAAGAACUGGAAAACGAAGAUCUCCGUAUACGGGAGAAGUCUACCACUCCCAGGCGCAGAAGCCGGAAACGAGCACCACAGAGUCUGAGCCAGGGUACGCCCACGACUAUCCCAGUACUACCAACAGUGCCUGUUGUCAGGCAAUGGGGUAGUCAACCGCAGGACGCGCCUCCAGCGGUACAAAGCAGCCAGGUUACAGAUGAGCAUCUGCCCAUGACACAGAUUGAACGGGGUCUCUUCGGUGGACGGGAGGCAGCACCGAGAAAGAGUAUUGGCAAGGCGAGGAAGAAGCGAGCAGCUGGGUUUUGAUCGAAUAUAAAGAAUUACCGUGCAUUUCGAACAUGCUUGUGAUAGCAUCCAACUGAAUACCCGGCAAUUCGAACCAUGAAACGGAGGACAAAGAAUACAGUUAAUAAUGUAGCAGUAUUAGUGAUGAGCUUUAGAUCACGGAAGCAAAGAUUCCUACUCUCUGCUGAGUACCAUCACACCUAGAAAUAGAGGAUAAAUGCAUUCUGCUUCAGAGACCAC